GUACGCCCAGCAAAUUCCGCUUUCCAAGUCAUGGAGGCAGAACAGAUUAUGGAGGGACAGCCGCAGGUUCCAGAAAAUCCCCAUUCUGAAUACGGUCUCACUGAAAACGUAGAGAGGAUAGUAGAAAAUGAGAAAAUAAAUGCAGAGAAAACAUCAAAGCAGAAGGUGGAUCUUCAGUCGUUACCCACGCGUGCCUACUUGGAUCAGACAGUUGUACCUAUCUUGCUACAGGGACUUGCUGUUCUUGCAAAAGAAAGACCGCCAAAUCCCAUUGAAUUUCUAGCAGCGUAUCUUUUAAAAAACAAGUCACAAUUUGAGGACCGAAAUUAACUCCAUAAAACUGAGGACAAUUUGGCUGCUAGACUGAAAUGCUCAUUUGCCGCAAUUUGUUUUCUGCUGUAAAAAUCCUUUGGAACCAUGAUGUUGUUGUUCUUAAUUGAAGAAUUUGCUUUACCUUUUGAGUUAUUUAAUAAACAACACUUUACAUUUAAUUUGUUCACUUGUUUUAAACUACCUAUUAAGAGACUUUCAAAAUAAAGUACUGAAACUUCAC